UUUAUUGUACAGGCAGAAGUGCAAGAGAGCUCUGCAGGGAUGUUAGUGUGAAUGUCUACUGGGAUAUCGCCUUUGCUCUUCGUAACAUGAGUGGGACCUAUGAAAAGAAGAUGGCCGUAUUAACCGACCUCAGCACCUCUAUGAGUUGCCAUUCUGUGUCCAAGGACUCGCCCACCCUGCCAGAGUCAACCGCCACGGACAUGGGCUACUACAGCGGUCAUUUAGCAGGUGGCCAACAUGACUACUACCAGAGUCAGGCAUAUUCUCAGUCGCUAAAUCCCUACAGCUACCACCAUCACCCACAAUUCAAUUUGGGUCUAAUGGGGGCAGAUGGCUUCAUGCCCAAGGAUGAUUAUCAGUACGGAGGUGGAUACCGAACUUAUGGACAUUUCCGAGAGGCUCCAGCUCAGGAACCAGCUGUUUCAGUCAAAGAAGAGCCGGAAACGGAGGUACGAAUGGUCAACGGGAAGCCCAAAAAGAUCCGGAAACCGAGAACCAUCUACUCUAGUUACCAACUGGCUGCGCUGCAGAGACGCUUUCAGAAGGCCCAGUACUUGGCGCUGCCAGAGAGGGCAGAAUUGGCGGCCCAGCUGGGGCUCACACAGACACAGGUGAAAAUCUGGUUCCAGAAUCGCAGGUCAAAGUUCAAGAAACUUUAUAAAAACGGUGAAGGCCCGAGUUUGGAACACAGUCCUAAUAACAGCGACUUCAUGGCUUGCAAUUCACCGUCCUCCCCGCCUAACUGGGAAAGCAGCCGAAGCCGAACUCCCCAGCAGCAAAGUCUUCCUAACUGCUCACCCCCCACCUAUCUUGAGAACUAUAACCAAUGGUUUAACCAACAGAACCAACCAGGACCACAUCUACAGCCUCCUGAUGCCUUGCACCAACCGCCUCCUAAUCCUGUGUAUUAAGUGAUAGAGACGCUAAAGAUAACUUGAAUGAGUUAUUGGAAAGAAAAAGCCCACAUCACCCUCGUUGAAGGGAUUCCACAGACUUUAUUUGGGCAAA